AUGCGCAGGGAAGCCAAGCUGGCCGCGAAGGACAGGGCGGAGAAUCGCGACAUGCGGGAGGUGCUGAAACGCGCUGCUGUCCGCUUGGAAGAUUGCGCGGCUAGCAUAAAGGGGGUGGUUGUGGACUCCAUGGAGAACGCCCAGAAGAAGCUGACGGACGAGGUCGCCCGUAAGAUCGACGGCGCGUCAUCCAACAUCGCGGGAACCGCCGAGAGAGCGAUCACCACAAGCGGCGUCACCAACUCUCUCAACAUCAUCAUCGCGAUGCUUUCCGGGCGUGACGCACCGCGACUAGUCACCGAUGGGCCGCAGGGGAAGGAGUCACACGAGGUCGCGGAGAAAGAGGCAGGGAAGAGGGUCGCGGAGAAAGAAACGGUGAAGAGGGAGACAGGGAAGAAGGCCGCGGACAAGGACACAGGUAAGAGGGUCGCGGACAAGGACACAGGGAAGGGUGAGAGCAGCAGGGGAGGGAAGCGGCAGAAAGGUCCCGUGGCGACUAGCGUCACAGAUCUCCUUAAGAUAGGGGGCGCGGUCGUCGUGCGUGCAGCGGGAACCGCCAGGGUGGAUGCGGCUGCCGGACCACCGCUUGCCCCCUCGGCGGUUGAAGCUGCUAAAGGCAAGGACAAGGUCGAGGACGCCCUGCCAAACACCACCCCCACCACCACCGCCAACACGACCGCGAUAGUGCCCGCGGCUGGUAACACCUCCGCGGUCGCUGAUGGACAGCCUGGACCCAGCUCCAUCGCCCCUGCAAUCCCCCCCUCUGCAUAUGUGAAGGCGAAGAAUCAGGGCCGCGGUGGUUGUAAGCCGCCUCCGGCCGCGUUGAAGGCGGAACACGAGGACGACGACGACUCAGACGAGAAUGAUGUUGUUGAGCUGGUGUGGCAGAGGUUCAUGGGGCCAAGCGACACCAGCGGCACUAGCGGCAAGCGCAAGGGCUGUGGUAUCCGCCCUCCGCCCAGGGGUGGAGAGGGGAUGGUGGGCGAACCAUGGCUGGGGGGGAGGCGUCGCUGGCUGGGACAUCACUCACUCCAGGAGGUGCAAUACCUGACCGCGAUCGCGGUCAUGUGUUACGACAAGAAGAUUGACCCCGGCCUCAAGCUGACUGCGCAGCAGAGGAGUGAGUGGGCCGAUGACAUCUCCGCGGCCGGGACGAUGUGCACCGGGCUAUUCGCCACCAUGCACCUCCGCAACCUUUGCGGCAAUGUUGACAGGUACCACCACAUGUUCAAGGCCUACCGCGACUUCACCCGUCCCGGUUCCACCCUCGGUAACGCGGUCGCUUGGGCAGCCGCGGUGGAAAAGGAGGCUGCAGACGAGGAGCCCGAUGUCACCGGGGACCAAGUGGGCCUGUUUGCUGGCGCGGUCGCGUGCGCCAUAGCCAUGGUGUGGGAGACCUGCAACGGUCUCGAUCUCGAGGGGGUCACGGAUGCUGGAUACGUCGCGGCGCAGUGUGCCGGCACUCCAGAAGAGAAGGCCCGUGGUCACGUAUCGAUUGUGACCGCGGUAUUCAAGUGGGCCAAGAAGGAGAGUGCUCGCAAACAAGCACCCGAGGUCACACCGAAACAGAUCGCGGAGAAGAUAGAGACCGCUGUGGUGAACCGCCUUGGUGCGUGA